UUAAAAAAGUUUAGGUAUUACGCUGGCACGAUAAUUUAUUCAGCAGGAAUACGGGAUCCUCAUACAGUUAUUUGGAUUGCUGCCGGCGUAUCCAGCGUAAAUUUUGUGGCCACAUUCGUGCCGAUGUAUUUAGUCGAACGCCUCGGCCGUCGAUUAUUACUCUUUAUAUCGAUGGCUGGUGUAAUAUUGGCCUUGUUCACAAUGGGCGCUGCGUUUCUGCUGAUCAAUCGUGAUUCUGCAAUCACAAUCGAUCCAGAAAUUACUACUGUCAACGUCUCCGUCGCACAAUAUUUUGAGUGCAAAGCACUGAGUAACUGCGAUCACUGCGUUACCGAUGAAAAGUGUGGUUUUUGUCAACCAGAUCAAAGUGUUUCGCAAGGAUAUUGUCUUCCGUAUGCACAUGAAAACCCGGAAAAAUCACUGACCGGACCAUGCGAAUACAGCAAUGGAACAAUGGAAAACUGGGAGCAUUCGUUCUGUCCGUCGAAAUAUAGCUGGAUACCCAUUGCUGUUAUGAUAUUCUACCUCGCAUUCUUUUCUAUAGGAUACGCACCACUGCCAUGGGUACUCAACGCAGAAUUCUAUCCACUCUGGGCUCGGAGUACCUGUUGUGCACUGUCAACAUGCUCAAACUGGACAUUCAAUUUGGUCAUUUCACUUACGUUUUUGUCUCUUACACAAGCUGCAACGAAAUACGGUAGGCGAAUUUGUCACACAUUCUUUGGAAUAUGUGCGUUUUGGAAUUCAGCAAAUAAUUCUGCCACCAGCCUACAGUUACCCUAUUCAGAUGCUGGGAUAAAAUUUGUUCAAUAUUGUCUUCCGUAUGCACAUGAAAACCCGGAAAGAUCACUGACCGGACCGUGCGAAUACAGCAAUGGAACAAUGGAAAACUGGGAGCAUUCGUUCUGUCCGUCGAAAUAUAGCUGGAUACCCAUUGCUGUUAUGAUAUUCUACCUCGCAUUCUUUUCUAUAGGAUACGCACCACUGCCAUGGGUACUCAACGCAGAAUUCUAUCCACUCUGGGCUCGGAGUACCUGUUGUGCACUGUCAACAUGCUCAAACUGGACAUUCAAUUUGGUCAUUUCACUUACGUUUUUGUCUCUUACACAAGCUGCAACGAAAUACGGUGCGUUUUUCAUCUACGGCGGUAUAACAUGCUUUGCGUUUGUCUUUUUUUACUUUUGUGUUCCCGAGACCAAAGGUUACAACAUCGAGGAAAUUGAAGUGCUCUUUAUGUCUCGGAACAGCCGAAAGCGAACGCAUACGACACUGGCUAAAAAACAAAUUGCUGAAGAAAAACAAAACCAUAUUACAACGCAGAGCAGUAUCAAUUUUCCAGCGGAGCGAAUGAGCAAAUCAUAG